UACACACGUGCCUCAACAGCCUUCAUUCGUUUCGUGACGCCAUGACUGUGUAACAGUGCGAGCUAGUGACGAUGACAACGGAUCUGUGAGAAAAACAGCAUCUACAACUGAUGUAUGCGUGUUGUGAUUUAAUGGUUCCUUACACAUUUCGUACCUUGUAUAAUCAGUGAAGUAGGUUCUAUUAUGCACAUUCGAAUUUUGAAUUAUUUAACUUUGUUGGUGUUUACUAUUGGAGAUUAUAUAGAAAAAUCAGGUUCCCAAUAAUUUUAUCUCAUUUCAUGAUAAAUUUCGACUAUUUCAAAUCCUAGUGAAGUAGUGAAGUAGUGUUUUCAAACACGAUGUUUAAUUUUCUUCAUAGCGGUGCAAAUAAUUCGGACAGCUUCCGUUCCUUGAUUGCCGAACAGAAGUUACUUCUCAGUAUGAAGUAGCAAUUUCUACCCGUGAACACACAAAUUAACCCGUGGUUCUACAGCUCAGAUUCUGGGUACCUUGCAGGCACGAAACUCAUGUACGAGGUUACUGGUAUGCUCUCCAUAUGUGACAGCGAAACUUACAGAGAAGGACCCAUUUGAACUGUGAUUUGUUGCAGAAUUUCGACAUAUAUUUUGCGGAUUUCAGUGAGAUUUGGAAGGAAAUAUAGUGAGUAUAUUUAUUCAAACGCAGAAGAGGAACAUUUGAUUUCGGACAGUUGGUAUGUGGGAUUUCCAUAAGAGAAUUAGGUUAUGUCAUCAGUUUGCUUCACAACAAACAUGAAAACAUUUGAGUGUGUAAGAUCAAUUUGUUAUAAAAUUGUUUUUAAAUGUAAGGAAAGACAUCUUUCGUGCUGUGAGUUAGUCAUCAGUGUGUCCAACAGAAACAGACAAUGUAACCUUUGAGGACACUCCUACAUCUGACUUAAAAAUGGCUUCAUAAAUUCAUAAAGUCAACUAAGGUCUGAGCUGUUGCAAAACUUACCUUGACGAGCAGUGAGAAGUCUUCAUAAAUCCGCAGUGAAUAUUGUGUAUUGUGACUAUGCUGGGUGUGUGAAGGGGUCCGACGGAUGGAGUUACAUGAGUAGGAAGAUGCAGCUGCUGGUGGUCCUUCUGCUGAUUGUCUGCUGGCUGGACCAGGCCGACACCAUCCGCUGGCUUGCCCUGAAGAAGACGAGCUUCAAGUGGAACGCGACAGGGGCCGCCUCGGCGAUGUGCCGCAAGGCCCGGUUGCAGUACGGGCUUGCGAGGCGCCAAACCAAGCUCUGUCGCACGUCCACACAGACCAUGCCGCACAUCGCGAAGGCUGCAGCACAGACAGUAACCACGUGCCAGAGCGUGUUCGCGGACCGCAGGUGGAACUGCUCUUCCGUAGAAAUGGCUCCCAGCUUCACACCCGACAUCACGACAGGCACCCGCGAGCAAGCCUAUGUUUACGCCCUAAGUUCGGCAGCCGUGGUCUACACGAUAGCCCGAGCAUGCGCUGCCGGUACGCUCUUUCAUUGCGCGUGCGCAUCUCCGCCCCGGGAUCCCCCUAACGGAAACUUCAAGUGGGGCGGCUGCGGCGACAACGUCCGGUGGGGCUCUCAGUUCGGGAAGCAGUUCACUGACUCCGCGGAGAAACGAGGCGCCCGGACCGAACCCAGAUACAACUCGAGAUCCACCACCGAGAGGGAGUCGGGGCGACACAGAGGGGGCAGAAGGAAGAGGAAAGGAGGCGAGGACGACAUGAAGCCACCGCUGUCACCAUUCUUCACCAAGAAUCGCUUCAGGUCUGCCCUAGCUGCCGUAAACCUUCAUAACAACAGAGCUGGCCGAAGGGCUGUGGAGUCGAGCUUGGUGACACAAUGCAAGUGUCAUGGCGUGUCUGGCUCUUGCAACAUCAAGACCUGCUGGCGCGCCCUCCCUACGCUGAGCGAGAUCGGUGAGCGGCUCAAACGCAAGUUCACAGUGGCUACAGAGGUUAUUAGCCGAAGGGUGGGCGCGGGCCGCAAAUUGCUCCCCGCCAGCUCCGCCAUGGGACUCUAUAACGAGGAUGACCUGAUCUACGUGACUAAGUCUCCUGAUUAUUGCCUCAGAGACGCUCGCGUCGGCAGUCUGGGCACCAGAGGGCGGUCGUGCAAUACCAGUUCCCAUGGAUACGACAGCUGUGAGGACAUGUGCUGCGGUAGGGGCUACAGCACCAUCAGCGUCGAGAAGGUGGAACGAUGCCAGUGCAAGUACCACUGGUGCUGUUAUGUCCAGUGCAAGAUUUGUCGCCGAUGGGUGGACACUCAAGAGUGUAACUGACAAACAGUUGAAAAUCGUUGGCUCAAACGCUUCAUCCGAGAGGAAGAAUGCUGCAUUUCAUUCUCUGAUCCUGUCCUUAAGUUUAUUUCAUUUGAAAGUUUCUAAGAUUCCUCGCAAAUCUCGUUUAAGUUAAUAAGAACUGCAGCAUGUUUCGUCGUACAUACAGAUUGGGAACCUCAUGCUCUUCCAAUAUGUGAGCGGCAAUUCGCAUUAGAUUAAAACAGGACAAAGUAUUUCAAUUAAUUGAACAAUGAAAUUUAAAAAUGUUUUCCCAAGUAUUUCUUGAUUUUAAUGCUUCAGAAUAAUCCUUAUUGAGUUUAAUACAAUAUUUAGAUUAUUUUUUCUUACUAUAAUAGUACUUUUUUUUUCUGUGUAAAUUAUGAAAAUUUCGAGGACAUGAGAAGUCAUUCAAAUUAGUACGCUGAAAUGGCAAGUGUCUUAAUUUUCGGCCAUGAUAAAACCUCAUAUGUCUGAUGAAAGUGACAUCUGUUUUUGGGAGUUUUAUGUAUCCCUGAAUAUUACUUACCCACGAAAGAAUAUCAGAUAUGACAACUUAAAAUGGCGACUUCAUAUUAUAGAUAAUAAAACUGACACAUAGUUAAUUAACAAGUACUUAAACAAACUGCACAUAUUUUUUUUAAUUCGCUUAGUGGGGGGUGGAGCCCAACUGGGUCCACUCGGCACGGCGGCCACUA